AUGUCGUCCUUAAAGUACUUUACCAAGAAGAGCGUCCUGAGUGCCGCAACCCAGAGCUCUGUCACUACACACUUCAACCAUCUCCGGCCUAUUCCACGAGCUUGGGUCAUUCGGAGGUCAAAGUACGACCCUAAAAUCAAGUCUGUCCGACCGGCCGACCGUAUAAAAUGGUGGAACAUUGCUCCAGGGGACCAGAUUCGUCUGCGCGGAGAUCCUGAGAGCAUAAUCCACGAAGUGCUGAGUAUCAACCGACUGAGCAAUCGGGUUUUCCUGAAGAACACGGUGGAAGAGUCAAGCGCAGAAGGACAACCUCCGAAAUCCAAAAACUACCAUUAUUCGCGGUGCCAACUGUAUCUGGGUGAAUUCGAAGUGCCAACACCCGAUGAUCCCUCUGGCCUGCUUUCCUUCCAACAUGUUUUUGCUUUGCGUAUCGGCACAACGCAGCCCUACUGGGACUACCGCCUGCACCGAUACGUGUGGAAAAGGUAUGCUGUAAAGACCGUUCCGAAACUGCAACCGUCGGAAUACGGGAAAAAAAUCUUUAUUCCCUGGCCUAAGAAACCCGAACGCAAAUACCCUGAAGCUGGACUAUACGAUACGCUCGCUGAGGAUGUUGCAAAGAUUACGUAUAAACUACCUCACUUCAACCCCGACAAGCUGGAACCACUUCCUCCAAUCCCUAGUGAAGCAGAAUACCUAGACCAUAUCUACAAUCCACACCGCACCCCAUACUACGACCCAUCAGCGCCCUUCGAAGUUUACCUCCAACCCGACCUUGCCAACCCUCACUCGCGCGCUAAAAAGCUGGAGCGAUGGAAGCAAUACCAGGCCGGCAUCCACAAUUUACUGAAGAAGAUCACUGCCUACGAACUUGCGAACCUCGACGGGCGCACUGUUAAACAGGCCAGGUCUGACGCUGCCUUUAAAUGGCGCGAGCAAGUGAAGGAGGAGCAAGCCAAGAAGAAGAAAGCUAGAUGGAUGCAUUCUGCCCAGAUGCUCAAGUGGGAAAGAAAGAAUGCGAAGAAGGAGAAGAAGGAGGAUAGGCAGCGUCGCCGCCUCACUGAGUUGAUGCUCGAGGAUGAGCCCAACCAAGUUAUACCGAAGGCAUUGGCUGUUAAGAAGGCUAAACAAACCAAACAGGGUCUGAAGGCUUAG